GGCAUAUCGUUUGGAACCAUUACUAUUGAAACAUUAUGCUAAUAUUAGUCCUGUUGUUAUACCGAAAGCAUCAGUGAAUCAUUUAGAGAAAUGUUUAUCAAUUAAAGAUAUUUCAAUGAUCAAUACUACUAAUAAUACUACUACUAACAAUAAUAAUAAUAAUCAUAGUCAAACACCAACUUUAAUAGGUUCGAAUACAUCAUUAGCUACUAUAAAUAAUGAUAUUGAAUCAUUGCAUACAUUGGAUUUAUCUGAUUCGGACUCGUCCAACUCUUCAUCCGAUUUAUCAUUAAAUGAUUCACAUAGCAGUGGUGGAGGUGGAGGUGGUGGUAGUCGUGGAGGCGGCGGCGGCGGCAGUAAAAAUCAUCAUCCUGAUCAGAAGGAACAAAAGAAAAAGCUUUUCAAACGUUUAAGUGUGGUAGAUGAAAAUUUCGUCUAUAAACAGCAUCGAUCACUGGCAAUGAAAAUAUUCAGUAAUUAUAUAACUAGACGUUCAUCGAAUGUAACACAUUUAAAAUCAAAUUUAUGUGAAAUGCGUUCUGUACCAAUGUCAAAUGAAAAACAAUUACGACGUCGUAUUGAUUAUGAAUGGCAAAAAUCAUUUUCACCAUUAGCUAUAUUAGGUGCACAUAAUAGUUAUUGGAGUAGUGAUGAAGUGGCAUUUUUUAUUUUAUAUCAAAUAUUUGGACAACCGCAUACUUUACGUUGAAAAAAAAACAGAAAACAAAACUAAAAAUCAAAAAAUUCAUGUUUUUUUUAAAUAGUUG